AUGUUAACCCAUGGCAGAAACGUCUCGUACGACAUCCCAGAUCCUGACCUUCCAGCGGUUUCACAAUGGCUGAUUGCAAACCCUAAUCGAAUAAAUUUGGGGCGCAUCGGUCUGAAAUACAAAGGCUCCACACUAGCAGCCUCCCUGAUAUCUGAGCCGCAACAGGAGCUAGAUCUUUGGAGCGGAACAAUUACUUCGAUAUUCAAAAUCCAAGGAGUGGAAGUCAAGGUCGUGACUCAAGGAGACUUUGAAACAGAUACAGUGACAUUCGAUAUCGAAUCUGAAUUGGUUUCAACGGGCGACCUGGAGAUUGAAAUCGACUUCCCGUACCCGCCAAUUCACAACACAGCAUACAAAUACGAAGUUUUUGCUGGAAUAUAUGAUUUUCCCCUGAACCAUACUACAACCCUCAUCGCCGAUGAUUGUAAGACAAAUGAGGCUUACAUCUACCAUGAACUCCAAGAGACUAGCUAUUUUGUUAAUUUACAAUGGCCGGCAGAGUUGCCAGUCUCCGUCUCCCGCAAUGAACCCGAAGGAUCCAACAGCAUCGCAGCACACCGCUAUACUCUGAGUGCACAAGGCCAAGAAAAUGCUGCAGCAAAAAUAAUGCUGACCGCGCGUUUUUCGCCGGAAAAGAACCCGGGAGAGUCGCCAUCAGUUAUCAAUGAGCGGAACACUCGCGGCUGGCAUGAGUACUGGAGUGACGGAGGCUUUGUUGACUUGACGUCGUCUUCUAAUCCCAACGCGACUGAACUGCAGCGACGUAUUAUACUUUCGCAAUAUCAUGUCCGUGUCAACAGUGCGGCCAAGGGGCAGUCCCCACAGGAGAGCGGCUUAAUGAACAACGGAUGGUAUGGGAAGUUCCACAUGGAGAUGGUCGUGUGGCACAACGCGCAUUGGUCGACUUGGGGCCGCCAGAAGCACUUCGACAAUAUCUUUCCCGAGCUAUACGAAAGUCUCCUACCCACCUCUCGGGCAAGAGCAAAAGCUAUGGGAUGGGACGGUGCCAGGUGGCCCAAGAUGACGCAGACAGAGACCGGCACCAGCGCACCGGGUGGAAUCAACGGACUGCUCAUGUGGCAACAGCCCCACGUCAUGUAUCUGGCCACACUUGCGUAUCAAGCCUCCCCAACAGAAGAGACGUUGAUCCGUUGGGACAAGGUCAUCACUGCAACCGCAGACUAUAUGGCAUCGUACGCGUGGCAUAAUGAGACUUCUGGCAGGUAUGACUUGGGACCACCGGCCCACGGAGUCACGGAGAACACGCCUCCAACUAGAUCACUCAAUCUCGCAUAUGAGGUUGCAUAUUGGCGCUAUGGUCUCGACAUCGCGCGAGACUGGAAGAAGCGGCUUGGCCAAACUGUCCCCGAGAAGUGGACUGCAGUUGCAGAGAACAUGGCACUGCCGCCACAAGUCGGCGGUCUCUACGCGGUGUACGAGGGAUUGAACGCGUCGUGGUGGAGUGAUCCGUCACUCAACGGCGACCCUCGCAGUCUGAUCAUGAUGCAAGGCAUCCUCCCAGAUACAGCAGCUGUCGACCCGGACGUCGCAAUGAGGACUGCGGAUAAGGUAUGGGAAGUUUGGGGAGACACAAAUAUUCGAGGCUGGGGCAGACCAGUACUUGCAAUCAACUCAGCGAGGAUCGGAAACCCAGAGAGAGCGAUAUACCACCUGACGGCAUAUGAUUAUUGGAAGUUUGACGAUGCCGGCUUUGCGAUUCGUGGUGGCGAUGGCGGCACACCUCCACCGUUCAUGCCUGGGAAUGCAGGAUUCCUAUACGCAGUUGCAUAUAUGGUCGCCGGUUGGCAAGGUUCAAGGGGAGACGCUCCUGGGUUUCCAAACGAUGGGAGCUGGGUAGUCAGGUCCGAGGGGCUGCUUAGGGCACCUUGA